GGAAGUGGUGGACCGGAAGUGGGUGUGAAUAUGGAGGCCGCGGAGAACUGGCUGGUGGAAUCCUUGCGCUUGUACCAGGAUUUCCAUGCCUUUGAGCUCUUGGCAGCUACCCGAGUCCUUGAGUGGAUUGGUGACAAAGGAGUCUUUGUUGCUGGCUAUGAACGCCUGAAAAGAAACGAGAUUCUUCAUCUGCUACUGCCUUUUCGACUUUCUGUAAAAGAAAACCAGGGUCUAUUCCCAGAGAGAGAUUUCAAGGUCCGCCAUGGAGGCUUCUCAGACAGAGCUGUCUGUGAUCUGAAGCACGUGCCGGGCACCAGAUUGCUGGUGACCAGUGGCCUUCCAGGUUGUUCCCUGCAGGUGUGGCAGGUUGCCGAGGACAGUGAUAUCAUUAAAGCUGUCAGCACCAUUGCAGUGGACGAAGGAGAAGAGAGUCUCUGGCCUAGGGUGUCUGUCUUCUCAUCCAUGGCCCCGGGGGUCCUCCACGGGGUGAGGCUCAGCGGGCUGCGGGUUGUGGACCUGGAGUCCCAGAAGACCACUUACGCCUCAGGUGUCACUGACGGUGAGGAACUGAGUAGCCUGCAGGUCCUGGAUGCGCACACCUUUGCCUUCUGCUGCACCUCGGGCCGGCUGGGGCUUGUCGACAUCCGCCAUCAGUGGGCUCCAUCUGAGAACCUCAGCCCCAACCCACGCGGGGGCAGGUGGUGCGCAGAAAUCAAGGGCCAGGGUCAGAGCCCAGGACCCAGCGUAGCCAGCCUGGGCUCAGAGGGACAGCUGUCUCUUCUUGACCCCCGGAACCUCGACCAUCCUGUGAGCUCAGUCCAGUGCCCAGUGCCCACACCCAGUCCUGACCCAGAGCUACUGCGAGUGACUUGGGCUCCCAGCCUGGGCAACUGCGUGGCCAUUUCAGGUUUUGAUGGGACAGUCCAGGUCUAUGACGUCACGUCUUGGGACAGAACAGGGGGCCAGGUGGAACCUCUCUUCACCCACAGAGGUCACAUCUUCCUAGAUGACCAUGGAACUGACACAGCCCCGUUGAUCACCACUCACACCUGGCACCCCCGCAAACCCAGGACUUUGUUAUCUGCAGCAAGCGAUGCCUCUCUGCACGUGUGGGACUGGGUAGGCCCGGGCGGCUCCUGCUGACGGCAGGUCUCCUUCUGCCCCAAAGCCACUGUGUGGCUCAGGCGUUGAUGGAGGCUUCAGGUGCCCACGCAUCUCUGAUACCAGCUGAGCGGUCCUGGGCUGCUGAAUCUGCCUCUCAGCUCAUUAGUAUAGCUGUAAAGUGAUAAUAGUAAUCAUGACCUGGCAGGGCUGUUGGAGAAGUGAUGUUAUUUAAAAACAAGCCAACAAGAGCUUGCGGGAUGUACCACUGAUGUGUCUGCAUUUGUUAGAUGUAGGCAGCUUAUCCCUGGUUACUGCUAGAAUCACAAGAGCUAACAGACAUGUCUUCUGAGAUUUUUUUUAUAGAACUACAACUGUAUGGGGGCCAAUAAAUACUUAACAAGU